AUGUCAGCUGGUACACUAUUGGUGCAGGACUUGCGCACUGGCAUUAAAUACGACAUUCCGAUUCGUCGCAAUGCAGUGCAUGCGCUGGAUCUACAGCGCAUUCGUGCCCCAGUCGCUGGCUCCCAUCGUGGCGAUCAGCUCUCGCGGGGCUUGCGAGUCUACGACCCGGGAUUGCAGAAUACGGCUGUCGUAGAGUCGGCGAUCAGUUUCUCCGAUCAUGAACGGAGCGAGUUGAUAUUUCGUGGUUACACCCUGGAGCAGAUGUGGGAAAAGGACUUUGAAGACAUGUUCCAUCUGCUUCUCUGGGGCGCGCUCCCGACAGACCGGCAGCGAGUGGAGUUGAGUCGGACGCUGGCGCAGAACAUGCAGAACAUCCCCGCAGCUGUUCACCAGGCGAUUCGAAAUCUCCCGAAAACGACCGCCCCGUUGCCAUUGAUCAUUGCUGGUCUGGCGGCCUAUCUCGCCACCGUCCCGGAAGUCACCCGGAUCUCUUCAGAUCCCUCACUCUAUCAAGACCGUGCGGACGAGGGUGAUCGAAUCAUUCUGCAGGUGGUCGCAAGCUAUGCGGUGGUAUUUGCGAUCGUCCGAUGCCACCGGUCGGGCACCAUGUGGCAACCCCCGGAUAUAGAUCUCACAUACUAUGAAAACCUCUUCAAGAUGGCGAACUUGGUGGACUCAGCUACGGCGCGUCCUGACCCAGUUCUCCUUUCAUGUUUUCGCCGGUUCGCAAUGCUGAAUGCAGAUCAUGGAAUGGCCUUGUCCGUCUUUUCGGCGCUGGUAACAUCGUCUUCGUUGACGGAUCCCAUUUCCUGCCUGAUCUCAGCUGUUUCUGCGGCGCAUGGCCCUCUUCACUUUGGCGCUGCGGAGUCUGCGCAGAGUGCACUUCAGGAGAUCGGAGACCCGGUCAAUAUCCCGGCCUUUCUUGAAGAAGUCAAAGCUGGGAAACGUAAACUAUUCGGAUACGGGCAUCGGGAGUACAAGAGCAUCGAUCCCCGGGUCCGGCCCAUUCGAACUAUCCUUCAGGACCUCCCGGAAACAUCAAAUCCUUUGUUGAAAAUCACCGAGGUCAUUGAGGAGGCGGUGGCCCCGGAUGAAUACUUCCUGUCCCGUCGCCUGUUUCCAAACGGGGACUUUUAUGGAAAUUUCGUGUUCACCGGCGUAGGAUUCGAACCUGACAUGAUCCCUGGUGCUAUGUUCACCCAUCGAAUUAUGGGCAUCAUGGCACAUUGGCGAGAAUAUAGGGUUUCUCGGGGCAAACUCAUCCGGCCCUCGCAUAUUUAUACAGGUAACAUGGCUGCGGAGACGGAGAUUUCGGCGAAGAUUUAA